GGUCUCCCGAGAACCCGGGUGGGACCAUGGGGACGCACAAGGUGACCCCGUCGCUGAUUUUCGCCGUCUCCAUCGCCACCAUCGGCUCCUUCCAGUUUGGCUACAACACGGGCGUCAUCAACGCCCCGGAGACGAUCAUCCGGGACUUCCUCAACUACACGCUGGAGGAGAAGAUGAAGGACCCGCCGUCGGAGGGGCUGCUCACGGCCCUCUGGUCCCUGUCGGUGGCCAUUUUCUCGGUCGGGGGAAUGAUCGGCUCCUUCUCGGUCGGGCUCUUCGUGAACCGCUUUGGCAGGCGCAACUCGAUGCUGAUGGUGAACCUGCUGUCCGUGGUGGGCGGCGGCCUGAUGGGCUUCUGCCGGCUGGCCGAGUCGGUGGAGAUGCUGAUCCUCGGCCGCCUGGUGAUCGGCGUCUUCUGCGGGCUGUGCACCGGCUUCGUGCCCAUGUACAUCGGCGAGGUGUCGCCCACGGCGCUGCGCGGCGCCUUCGGCACGCUCAACCAGCUGGGCAUCGUGGUGGGCAUCCUGGUGGCGCAGAUCCUGGGCCUGGACAUCCUGCUGGGCUCGGACGACCUGUGGCCGGUGCUUCUGGGCUUCACCAUCAUCCCGGCCGUGCUGCAGAGCGUCGCGCUGCCCUUCUGCCCCGAGAGCCCGCGGUUCCUGGUCAUUAACAAGAAGCGGGAGGAGCAGGCCAAGGACAUCCUGCAGCGGCUGUGGGGCACGGCGGACGUGACGGACGACAUCCAGGAGAUGAAGGAGGAGAGCGCGCGCAUGUCGCAGGAGAAGCAGGUGACGGUGCUGGAGCUGUUCCGCGCGCCGAGCUACCGCCAGCCCAUCGUCAUCUCCAUCGUGCUGCAGCUCUCGCAGCAGCUCUCGGGCAUCAACGCCGUUUUCUAUUACUCCACGGGGAUCUUCAAAGAUGCUGGCGUCUCCCAGCCCAUCUACGCCACCAUCGGAGCGGGCGUGGUGAAUACCAUCUUCACCGUAGUGUCUCUGUUUCUGGUGGAGAGGGUUGGAAGGCGGACGCUGCACAUGAUCGGCCUGGGUGGCAUGGCGGUGUGUUCCGGUCUCAUGACCGUUUCUUUGUUGAUGAAGGACAACUUUGAAGCCAUGAGCUUUAUCUGCAUCGCCGCCAUCCUGAUCUACGUGGCGUUCUUCGAGAUCGGGCCCGGCCCCAUCCCCUGGUUCAUUGUGGCCGAGCUCUUCAGUCAGGGACCCCGGCCCGCUGCCAUGGCCGUGGCCGGCUGCUCCAAUUGGACCUCCAACUUCCUGGUUGGCCUGCUCUUCCCUUCUGCUGCUUCCUUGAUGGGGCCCUACGUGUUCAUCGUCUUCGCCGUGUUCCUCGUGCUCUUCCUCAUCUUCACCUUUUUCAAAGUCCCCGAGACUCGAGGCAGGACUUUCGAAGAUAUCGCAAGAGUGUUUGAAGGCCGGCCCCAGAAAAACGAAGGGGAGGUGAACAGAGGUCAGCCCGGUAAAGAAGACACCACCGACGUCUGAGCCCGGCCUCCUUCCUCCAGCCUCCCUCCCCGCCCACGGCAACACCCCUCCCCGCCGUGGGGGGGGCAGGGGCGGUGGGGGGAGCUGGGGAGGGGAACCAGAACCUCAUCAGGAUGAAGCCGGGACUAUAGGAUGCUGCUACGGGACUCUCCUGUCCAAGCCCCACUUUGCUCAGAAAGCAGAUGCAGAGACGCCUGUGGAGAAGUCCCCGGGGCGCCUGCGUGCUCUGCGGCACUCUGCUUUCUGAGUCUCUGUCUUCUCUUUUCCACUGGCUGAGUUUCCUUGCAUAUAAUUUAUUCACCUUCCAUGCAGGAACUGUGCUCAUCUCCUGAAAAACCACCUGUUGAGUUGAGUUGAGGUUGUUGGGAAGGAGAAAUUAUUGUGUGUGUUUGUCUUUUUCUUAAUUUUUUUCCCCCCCAAACAGGUGCAGAAAUUAAAACAUAAGGGGGAAAAAAAGUUGGAAGGUGACCAAGGGGGAAAAAAAAUAUGCAAGUGUGCACCGUGACACGCAGGUUCACACGCUGGUGUGUGUCACUGACUUGUGUGCUUGGGAGAUGGAAACUCUUCUGAUGAGUUUCUCUCCAUUAAUGUCUCCAGUAUUUGGGCAGAAGAAGAGAGGGCAAAGAAGAGAAAAUGCUACUCACUGGGUUUCCUUCUGGAAACUUCUAGAAGGUUGUCAUCUCAGUGGGACUCAGGGUAUUUGUGUUUUUUCCUAAGUUGGGCUUGGAGAGAGCUUGCUUAGGGUUUGCGGGGUUCAUGGUGGCGGGUUGGGGGGGGAUAGAUGGAAGAGAAAGGUUCUUUGGGGGUGUUUGGUUUUUCUUCUGAAUUUUGAAAUGAUCUCACUACCUAAUAAGCGAAGUUAGGUCUUUUGUGGUGGGUCUUCUUUUGUGUGGUGUUUUACUUCUUAAUUAUUCUUCUGUUCACUGGUAGAAAAUUCUGGAACCUCGCCGGGUUAGGUGGAGUGGAGAAGCGUAACGAUUAUUGGUCGCUGGCAGAGGGAAGUUCUCGCUGGAGUCUUGACUCUUGGAUGUGUGUGUGUCCUUUGGGCCUGGAUUCAGGCCGUGCGCAGCGCAGCCCGGCUGGGUGUGGAUGCGUCCACGCCACGUCUCUGUGCCUGGGCAGUCUUUGUGGAGUGCUUUGGUCUCGCCCCGCCUGUACAUACAGAACACUGCGUUAUUAUUAUUGUUGUUUCAACCUUCCCAUUCAUCUCGCUACCUUCCUCAUGAACAUCCCGGUGAGCUUGAGAGAUGGGGGGUUCUACCUCAGUCUAGCUGGCAAGGGGGCGGUGGGAAUGCAGGUCCUGGGCUUGGGAGGUCAGGGCUACAGGUGGGUGAGCGGGGGAAGAAAGGUUCCCAGCAGGGACUAAGAAAAUGGCCAGAGUUGAUCGCUGGAAAGUUCUGGAAGAUUCCAGAGAGAUCCACUCUCUUCCCCCAUUUCCCCAGUCCUCGUCUCUUCCUCGGUGCUUCUCUUUGGUCAGACAUUUCAGCCAAGAGUAUUUUGGUCCUCAUUUCCCACAAUCCUCUCUGGUUACUCCCCCUCCCCCCCCCCAGCUCAGGUGACUUAACACAGCACCCACCCCUCCCGGGAUCUGAGUCCUUGCAUCCAGGUUCUGAGUACUUCCUUCCGCGUGGCUUUUUUUCUACUCCCGUUAUUGUGUUGCUUUUUGUUACUGUGGUUCUUUUAUUUUGAA